GACACUGAUUCUUUAACCAAGUCCCAAGUUAAAGAAAUGACUUCAGAUGAAUUGGUUACCUUGGUUAUGGAUUGUUUAAAAAAGCUUAGAGAAAGAUGCGAUUUACGGAGUAUGAACACACAGAAGRAGGAUUUGGAAAAAGCUCAUAAACAAAUUGAGCAUAUUGAUUCAAUCGCCAAAGAGCUAAACUCAUUUCGCAAGCAAAACAAAAACCUGGAGUCUCAGCAAAUCCCAAAGCUAAAACACGAGGUAAAACACUACAGAGAUAAAGUCAAAGAGCUUGAAACCUCUUUAGAAAUCCUCGAGACGGUCUCAAAACUGCAAGCUGAGAAGGCUGAGAAAGAAAAAAGGCAAAUGAUGUCUGAAAUCACUGCAUACAAAGUSAAGGUUAAAAAGCAUCAAAGUGAAAUGAAGAAACUUGAAUCUGAGAUGUCCCGAAAGAUCGACGACAUCAUCAUGAAGAAUGAGAUUAUGAGAGAAAAAGACAAGCGCAGCUUUCUUGAGGGGAAGGUAGAAGUUCUGGAAAAGCAGUUGAAAGAGGCAGAGGAGAAAAAUGAAAUUCUUAAGCUUUCAAAAACUCCUAUGGAGGGAGCCAUAGAUAAAACCGAGCAAAAGUUUAAAGCAAGGAUAGAUUUAACUGAAGAAAACAUGUUAGCUGAGGAAAAACAGCUAAACAAGAUAAUAGUGCGACAUCUGAUGAGACAAGAACGGCAGGUGAGUGAACUCGUGGAGCAGCAGAGAGAGGCACAGAGAGAGGCUGUGGCUGUGAGAGAAAGUUUGGACCAAACAAAAGCUGAGUGCAGAGACCUGAAAAAAGAAAACGAGUCCUUAAAUUCUCAGAUUAAGGUUCUAAACAAAACCAGGAAGAGGCAAGAAAAUCACAUGAAAGUCACUGACCAAGUGCUUAAGGUGACAGAAUUGUACAUAGGUGAGAAAAUGAAACACGAGAAUUUGAAGGACUCCACAGAGAGCAACGAGUCUUUGGAAGGACCAACAGAAGACAGCAAG